AUGCGCUCUCAAAAUGCAUCCUCGGAAGCCUGGCGUGAAACGUUAUGCGAACAUCCUGAUGGUCCAAAAAUGUUAAACGACACUCUUUCGCACCCAAGCGAUUGGUGUGAAGCAGGUGAAGUACACACUCAACGACGGGGCUUUCCGUCCGUUCGACCGUUGACUAUUUCAGCUGCUUCUGUUUCCGCAAGUCGCAGGAGUGAAGAUCGUUACAUUGAUCCAUCGCAUGGUAAAAGGUUUCUCGCCUCAGGAGUCUCGCCGCUGCGACGAAACGCCGCCUCAGUCGCUUCUUCAUGUCGAAGCGCGGGCUCUUUAGUUCCCUCCAGUUUGCGAUAUAUCGGCUUUACUCCCUCAAGAAGCUAUCCUCCUAUCGAAUGUGAAAGCAGUACUUCUGUCGCAACACAGCAACAGUUUCUUUCUCCGCAGCCCGUGCAACCUUCGACCCGCUUCAGGGUUCGGAGUCCGCGCCCUCAAGAAGUGUCGAACCAAACGCGUUUUACACCACUGCACCCCUUGUUGAAGCAAGCGCUUCUGCUGACUGCCACCGCCGAAGUGGAAGAGCGUUUGAUAGUGUACCAGGAGGAGAGCGAUGGCUUCGAUGACAUUGUGGCGCUGUUUAGCGUUGCAAAAGAGGUUGAGGCUGUCCGUGUUGCUGCAUUCGAUAUGUUUGAGUUCGAGGUGAAUGCUCGGCGCGCGCUUUAUACACAGCAAAGACGCGAGCGGCGUAUACUCUGGUACUGGUAUCUUGAAAGCUACCGCAACGCAGUGCUGUCACAGGAAGUGCGAGCCCUUCAACUUGGCGAUGGUCAAAUGGCUAUCAAGCAAGCGGAGUCGCUGCUCCGCUCAAGGAGCACUAGCUUGCAGCAAAGGUCACACGAUUUAUUUGAUCCUAAACUUGAGCAAAACAGUUCCUCACCGCCUCAAAGGAGCGUGCAUUCUGUCAACGUGGAAGGCGUUGCGCGUGCAAAGCCAUCUUCCCCAAAGCGCCAGCUCAGCUAUCCGGCAAACAGCAGUCUCAACAACAGAUCCACGCGUACGAGUCCCGAAGAAGACCUUCGUAGUUCCCAAACGUCAACCUCAUCUUCGCCCUCUGCAUCAUCCACUUCCUCACCAGCUCAGAGUGAGCGAAGUUUAUCGCGAACAACCGAAUCACUGGUUGCAGCAGGCGAGCCAAUGGCGUCGUCGGCGAGGGACAGCGACGUUGCAUUGGAGAGUAAACUCGACAAUCGUAUUGCGAGGCAGCAAUUACUGCUGGCUAGCGGCGGGACGACACACAACAAUCUCUCAACACCUCUUUUUCCAAGUCGAUUGCCACCAAAAACACCCCACAACACGACACGAUAUGCUAAUAGUGCUUUCAAAGUUUGA